UGCACCCCAAAGAUGGAAGUACUGCUUGGAGUGAAAGUUGGCUGCCUGCUUGCCCUUCUGGUUCUCACCCUGGGCUGUGGCCUUGCUCCCAUCUACUUCAGAUGGUUCCAGAUGGAUGCAGCUACAGGUCGUCACUACAGAGUUCUCGGCCUCCUGGGCUGCAUCUCUGCCGGCGUCUUUCUGGGAGCAGGGUUGAUGCAUAUGACUGCUGAAGCCCUGGAGGGAAUUGAAUCAGAAAUUCAGAAAUUCGUGGUGCAGAACAGUACAGGAAGUACAGGCAACUCUUCUCGUGACGCUGCUUCUGAUUACGUGGAGUAUCCCUAUGGAGAGCUCGUCAUCUCGCUGGGCUUUUUCUUCGUCUUCCUUCUGGAGUCGCUGGCAUUGCAGUACUGCCAAGGGGAUACUGGAGGAUCGACGGUGCCGGAAGAGGAAUGGGGAGGGACUCAUGCCUUUGGAUUCCACAAGCACCCUCCGGUGCCCUCGCCGUCGCAGGGUCCCCUCCGCGCCCUCGUCCUUCUGAUCUCUCUGUCCUUUCACUCCGUGUUCGAAGGCCUGGCCGUGGGCCUGCAGACCACAGUGGCAGCCACUGUGAAGCUCUGUGUGGCCGUCUUGGCGCACAAGGGGCUUGUGGUGUUCAGCGUAGGCCUGCGGCUGCUGAAGGUCGGCGCCGGCUCGCGGUGGGCCACGUUCUGCAUACUGUCGUUAGCACUCAUGUCUCCUGUGGGCCUGGCCCUAGGGCUGACUGUGGCUGGAGCGGCCUCAGGACCAGGGCAGGGAUUAGCCCAGGCUGUAUUAGAAGGAGUAGCAGCGGGCACGUUCCUGUAUGUCACCUUCCUAGAAAUCCUGCCCCGGGAGCUGGCUUGUCCCGAGGCCCCUCUGGUCAAGUGUAGCUGUGUGGCUGCUGGUUUUGCCUUCAUGGCUCUCAUUGCCUUGUGGGCCUGAAAGAUUCCUCACUGCUUUGUGGGCCUCUCAAGGAUGACGUCUCCUGAGGACACUGCCCGGAUGACUUUGGCCCUCAGACAUCUUUUCAGUGAGGCUAAGCAUUUACUAGGCACGGACUAUCCCAGAUUUUAUAUACGUGAGAACCUGUUCUUGAUAAAGACUUAGAAAGGAUAUUUGUUUGAGUGCCCAUUUAGCUGGGGAAUUGGUAUCAAGACCACCACCCCAGAGUUGCCGUUCUGUGUAAUAAAAUGUCCUUUUGCCCCUUCCCUCCAAUCACAUUGUAAUCCAUGUCUCUGAGAGGGACAAGGGGGUAUGGAUGGGCUUGAGGGCACAGCCAUUUUAGUGGUUACAGGCCAUUGUUGCCUUACCCAUGGGAGCUGAGAAGCAGAACAGCAUUUAGAGGGGAAAGGAUGUUUAAAAGCAGAAAACGGUCUAUUUUUCCUUCACUCCCUGCCUCCCCACUCUCAGUGCCUGCCUGUCCCCGCCAGUCCCUGCUUUUACAUGGAGU